GGAAAAGUCAUGAGCAAAGCACCGCUUCCUCACACUCCUUACCACCAUCCACCAACUCUUGCUCUAGUCUGCCUAUCAGAGGAACGGCUCUCGACGCGUGAUACCCAUCGUUUUGAUUUCUUCCUUUCGCUCCGACUCGUGCAGUCCCUUUUCCCGCAUACGGCCUCCCCCCAGCAAACGCGGUCCCUCACCGGAUAUUACCUUUCUCCAAGUGCCGACUUUAAUACAACCUCCCUAUACCCCACGCAUCACAAGCCAUGACCUCGCCGGUCCCCUAGAUCAGCAAACAAGACAUAUUCGCAGCAGUCGCGACAGCGACAGCGACCGCCGACCAUGGACGUCGUCCCCUCGACCCAGGUCGUGAGUCCUGGCGCCAACGGCGUCGGGCCGCCCGCAUUUCCCACAAUGGACGGCGGGAAGCUCGUCGAGCACUUGAGGAUAGUGCUUGGGGCCGCCCUGGGCGCCACCCGCGAGGAGCUCGAGGCCCCGGACAGCCUGCUCUCCAACGCCUUCUACUCGGAUACGCUUCACCGAUGCACCCGCUUCGCCAACGAGCCGCAGGUCUCCCUGCUGAUCCAGAAGGAGAUGACGUCGGCUCCCACGAUAGAAGAGGCCGAUGACGACUCAAAAGCCCCAGGGCACAAAUUCAACAUCGUCCACGACAUGUCGGCGUCGGCGACCGUGGUCGCCUAUCUCAGCCUUCUCAAGCGGCCGCAGCCGCUCGACCCCAGCAUCCCGCUUGUGGCCCAGAUUCAGAUGUUGAACCUGCCCGGCCCCGCAUACCUUGCGUCCACCACCGGAGAUCAGGGCCCGUCGGCCUCACCGUUCGAGAUCUUGCAGCUUUACCUCCACAACGGCCUCGCGCCCUACUUCGACGCCAGCACCAAGAGUCAGCAGACGGCAACGGGCGCAAGAGGCAGGGCAGAUGUGGAUGCCAAGACUGGUAUCCCGGUCACGAAGAAGCGCUGGACAGAGCUGGAGCUGAGCCUGUCCCACCUCCAGCAGAAUGUCGAGAUCCCCGAGGUCGCACUGCCGUUCCACCCCAUAGUUCAGACGGCCCUGGACGAGGCUGCGUCGCGCAACACCCGACCGAGCUUGGAGCUGAUUCCCAGCAGCCUGCUCCACGACAGUCACUUCCUCAACAACCUACAGGCUACGGUGAACAACUGGAUCAAGUCCAUCCAGGUCAUAACCAAGAUGACGCGCGACCCAACGACAGGAAGGGCAAACCAGGAGAUCAACUUUUGGCUGUCAAUGGAGUCUGCUCUUGAGGGUAUCGAGGCUCAACUGAGGGGUGAGGGCGUUAUGCUCACCCUCGAGAUCUUGAAGCAAGCAAAGCGUUUUCAGGCAACUGUCAGCUUCUCGGCCGACACAGGCCUGAAAGAGGCCAUGGACAAGGUCCAGAAGUACAACCAGCUGAUGCGCGACUUCCCCCUUGAUGAGCUGCUGUCCACAACGUCGCUGUCGAGGGUUGAGGUCACCAUCGAGCAGAUAUUCAACCAUCUGAACAAGAAACUUAAGAUCUGCCCUUACCCCAUCCGCCGGUCGCUCGCGCUGGUCGAUGCGAUAUCGGAGGACUUGGACGAGGUUCUGCACCGGCUGCUUCCCGGCACAGAGCUCGUCGAUCUUGACUACACGCAAUUCACCGCUGUUAUGAAGGCGACUGAAGCAAUCUUCGUGACGUGGGAUGAGAAUGUCAAGGAGUUCACCAACGUAGCUCGCGAGGUCAUGCGUCGUCGUACCGAGAAGUUCAUCCCCAUCAAGUUCAACCCAAAGCAUAUCGAGCUCCAGAACCGGCUCAAAUAUGUCAGCAAUUUCCGUGACAACCAUGAGCAGCUUCAGCGGACCAUCUUGAAUGUCCUCACACCCAAGCCCUCGGCCAACGGUUCUGUCGAGGGGCCAAAUGGCUCUCUCAUGGCGGAGGAGAUGGGCGACGUGGCCGCCAUUAAGGAAGUCGAGGCCGCGUGGGAGGGUCUCCGUCACAUUGAUCUCCUGGACGUCUCGAGCGAGGGCACGGCAAGAUGGGUGAGGGCAGAGAACGUGUACAACGAGCGGACAUCGCGUGUCGAGAAUUCCAUCAUCGCAAAGCUGCGUGACCGACUGGCAACUGCAAAGAACGCCAACGAGAUGUUCCGUGUCUUCUCAAAGUUUAAUGCCCUCUUCGUCCGCCCCAAGAUCCGUGGCGCCAUUGCGGAGUACCAGACCCAGCUCAUCGACAACGUCAAGCAGGCCAUCGCGGCUCUGCACGAGCGUUUCAAGCAGCAGUACGGCCACUCCGAGGCCCACGCCAUGGCCCAGCUCCACGACCUGCCCCCGGUCGCAGGUGCUAUCAUCUGGGCUCGCCAGAUCGAGCAGCAGCUGGAUGGGUACAUGAAGAAGGUCGAGGACGUCCUUGGUGCAGACUGGUCUCUCCACGCCGAAGGCCAAAAGCUGUACUCGGAGAGCCGACUGUUCCGCAAGAAGCUGGAUACCCGUCCCAUCUACCAGGCAUGGAUGGAGGAUGCCCGACGUAAGCACGCGUCCAUCGCGGGUCUGCUCUUUAGCGUCCACAGGAUCCGCUCGGCCGGAAACACCCUCGAGCUCGUGGUGAAUUUCGACCCCCAUGUCAUUGCACUGUUCAAGGAGACGCGGAACCUCAUCUGGCUCGGCUACGCGAUACCCCAUCAGAUCAGCAAUGUGGCCAAGGAGGCGAAGCGUGUCUAUCCCUACGCCGUCAGUCUCAUGGAGAGCGUCCGGACGUUCGCGCAAACCACCCGCCAGAUCUCCGAGAUGUCCCAGGUCUCGAUGCUUCUCAAUGGCCACCGCAACGAGGUCCAAGCACUUGUCGUCAAGGGUGUACCUCUGAAGUGGGAGUCAUUUGUGAAUUCGUAUGAGCUUCACUUCAACCCCGCAAAGCUGGCCAACGGCGGCCUUGACCGGAGCCUGGGAAAGGGUGAGAGCAAACACGUCAUGUUCAUCCGUGACUUUGCCUCCAAGGUCUCCCUGCUGCAGACAAAAACGGUUACUCUGGCCUCGGUGCACCAAAACAUUCAGAAGGCCCUGAUGGAGCUCGGCACGUGCCCUUACGAGGCCAAGGCGUUUGAGGACCGUCUGGAUGCUAUUCAAAAAGGUGUUGAUACGCUGAACCUGGAGCAAUACGUCAAUCUCGGGUACUGGGUCAAGAGGGUAAACGGCCAGAUCAAGUCAAUUCUGCUUACGCGCCUCCAGAGGGCGAUCCAGGCGUGGAUCGAGGCUUUCGAGGAGGACGUUUCCGAAGACAGGAGAAGGAGCCAAGCCGACCCCUCGGAAGCGAAGCCCGGAAUUCCUACCAUGAGGAGGUUGGUGCACGAGAUUACCAUGCGGAACCAGCUCAUUUACCUCGAUCCUCCCCUGGCAUUCGCUCGGGCUAGCUGGUACCUGCAGCUCCAAGAAUGGCUCGGCAUCAUCUGUCACCAGAAGAAGAUCAAGGCCACCAGGUACCAAAUGAGCAUCACCACCACCACGACGGACGAGGCGCGGUUUGACGAUCUGCCCGCCGAGUGCACCGACAUGCUCUCGAGGGUCCAGGAUUCGGUCGAGAAGAAGCUGCUGGAGAUCAACAACUACGUCAACGAGUGGCUACGCUUUCAGUCUCUCUGGGAUCUCCAGUCUGAGCAAGUUUAUGACAUCCUGGGAGACCAGCUGGCGAAGUGGCUGCAGCUGCUCCAAGAGAUCAGGAAGACACGGCAGACCUUCGACACUACCGAGGUUAGCCGCUCCUUUGGCCACAUCACCAUCGACUACGACCAGGUGCAGACCAAGGUCAACGCCAAGUACGACCAGUGGCAGCAUGACAUCCUGAUCAAGUUCGCCAGCCGGCUGGGCAACCGCCUGAGGGAGGUUCAUGCCGAGAUUGAAAAGGCCCGCAACGACUUGGAGAACCAGCGACUCGAGGCAUCAUCCACAGAUCAGGCCGUUCAGUUCAUCACGGUUGUCCAGACCUGCAAACGCCAAGUUAAGCUCUGGGCACCAGAGGUUGAAACGUUCCGCCAGGGCGAGUCGACGCUCGUGCGGCAGCGAUACCAAUUCCCCAAUGACUGGCUGCACGCCCAGCAGGUGGACGGCCUCUGGGAGGCUCUCAACGACCUGCUCGCCCGCCGAUCGAAGGUGAUCCAAGACCAGACCGAUGCACUACUGGCCAAGAUCAACGCCGAGGACCAGCUUGUGCGAGAAAAGAUCAGGGAGGUCUCGGUGCAGUGGAACGAUGAGAAACCGGUCUCGGGCACGAUUCCUCCUGACGAGGCGUCGGCGACUCUCGCCUCGUUCGAGCAGAGGAUCACCCAGCUGCAGAACCAGUCUAUCGGCAUCGCCAAGGCAAAGGAGGCGCUCGACAUCCCUGCCGAUCCCGACACGUCCCUCAACGCCAUCCUCGAGGAAGUCAACGACUUCAAGUCGGUUUGGGCAUCGCUGUCGCUCAUCUGGAAGAAUUUGAACGAACUCCGCGAAAUGUUGUGGAACAGCGUCCAGCCUCGGAAGAUCAGGGCCGCCAUCGACGGCCUGAUCAAGAUGACCAAGGAGAUGCCUAGCCGCAUGCGCCAGUACGCCGCUUUCGAGCAUAUUCAGAACAUUCUCCGCACGUACCUCAAGGUCAACAGCCUCCUCACCGAUCUCAAGUCUGAGGCUGUGCGUGACAGACACUGGACCAAGAUCUACAAGCAGAUUAAGCCAAACAAGCGAUACUCCCCGGUGUCCAUGACUCUGGGCGACGUCUGGGACUUGAACCUCGUCGCCACCGAGACCAUCAUUAAGGACAUUAUCGCCCAGGCCCAGGGAGAGAUGGCACUCGAGGAGUUCCUCAAGCAGGUUAGGGAGAUAUGGACUGGCUACAACCUGGAUCUUGUCAACUACCAGAACAAGUGCCGUCUGAUCAAGGGCUGGGACGACCUCUUCGCCAAGUGCAGCGAGAACCUCAACUCACUCCAGGCCAUGAAGCACUCUCCCUACUACAAAGAGUUCGAAGAGGAGGCGUCGUCUUGGGAGGACAAGCUCAACCGUGUGCACGUGCUUUUCGACGUCUGGAUCGAUGUCCAGCGCCAGUGGGUGUAUCUCGAGGGUGUGUUUACCGGCAACGCCGACAUCAAGCACCUUCUCCCGACCGAGUCUGUUAGGUUCAACAACAUCAACACCGAGUUCUCGUCGGUGAUGAAGAAGGUGUACAAACAGCCAUAUGUCCUCGACGUGCUCAACAUCCCUGGCGUCCAGAAGUCGCUCGAGCGUCUGGCUGAUCUCCUCAACAAGAUCCAAAAAGCCCUUGGAGAGUACCUGGAGAAGGAGCGGGUAUCCUUCCCUCGGUUCUACUUCGUCGGUGACGAGGACCUGCUGGAGAUGAUUGGCAACAGCAACGACACCCUUCGCAUUGCAAAGCACUUCAAGAAGAUGUUCGCGGGCUUGUCGGGUCUCAUCAUGGACGAUGAGGCGAUAAUCUCUGGCUUCACGUCUAAAGAGGGCGAGGUUGUGCGGCUCAAGAAGGAGAUCUCCGUUCUCAAGACGCCACGCAUCAACGACUGGCUGGCACUGCUAGAGAACGGAAUGAAGUCGGCGCUGGCCGAGCUGCUGGCGGAGGCCGUCGAGCAGUACACCCCGAUCUUCAACAGCUCCGACGUCGACAAGGCGGCACUCAUAGAAUUCAUGGAGGUAUAUCCCAGCCAGAUCGUCGUGCUGGCCACCCAGGCCGUGUGGACCACGGCUGUGGAUCAGUCGCUCACCGAGGGUGGCGGCACUCUCCAGUCCCUAUUCGAAAAGGAGGUCCAGGUGCUGCGACUCCUCGCAGACACGGUGUUGGGCGACCUCGAGGUGCUGAUGAGGAAGAAGUGCGAGCAGCUCAUCACAGAGUGCGUGCACCAGCGCGAUGUGAUCGAGAGGCUCGUCGGCCUCAACGCCAGCACGCCCACACACUACAUGUGGCUGCUGCAGAUGCGCUAUGUCUACUCUCCUGAGGGCGACUUCCUCCAGCGCCUCCACAUCAAGAUGGCCAACGCCAAGCUUGCCUACGGCUUCGAGUACCUCGGCGUGCCCGAGCGCCUCGUCCGCACCCCGCUUACCGACAGGUGUUUCCUGACGCUCACGCAGGCUCUUUGCCAGCGCCUCGGUGGAUCGCCAUACGGUCCCGCCGGAACUGGAAAGACAGAAUCAGUCAAGGCGCUUGGUGUGCAGCUGGGAAGGUUCACGCUCGUCUUCUGCUGUGACGACACGUUCGACUUCCAGGCCAUGGGCCGCAUUUUCCUGGGUAUCUGCCAGGUCGGCGCGUGGGGCUGCUUCGACGAGUUCAACCGUCUCGAGGAGAGGAUUCUGUCGGCUGUGUCGCAGCAGAUCCAGAACAUCCAGCUGGGUCUCAAGCAGGGUGUCGAGGACGAGAAGGCCCAGAUCGAACUGAUUGGGCGCCAGCUGCAUGUCAAUGCGAACACUGGCAUCUUCAUCACCAUGAACCCGGGCUAUGCCGGUCGUUCUAACUUGCCAGACAACCUCAAGAAGCUGUUCCGCAGUGUCGCAAUGUCCAAGCCGGACAAGGAGCUCAUUGCGGAAGUCAUGCUCUACUCGCAGGGCUUCAACCAGGCCAAGCAGCUGUCCAAGCAGACAGUGCCCUUCUUCGACCAGUGCGGCGCCAAACUUUCCAAGCAGGCCCAUUACGACUUCGGCCUUCGUGCGUUGAAGAGCGUCCUUGUGAGCUCUGGUGGACUCAAGCGAGCUAGGCUCACCAAUAGCGACGGUGGCAUCGGCUCCGAGGAGGUCGUCGAGCCCGAGAUUCUUGUCCAGUCGAUUCGAGAAACAAUUGCUCCGAAGCUGAUCAAGUCCGAUGUUGAGAUUAUGAGCGGAAUUGAGGAGGUCUGCUUCCCAGGGAUAUCGUAUGUGCCAGCGAACCUGCAAAAGCUCGAAGAGGCGAUCCGUGGCCUGGCGGAUGAGAGGCAGCUGGUUGUCAACGAUACCUGGAUGACCAAGAUCUUGCAGCUGUACCAAAUCCAGGGCAUCCACCACGGUGUCAUGAUGGUGGGAAGCUCGGGAUCCGGAAAGUCUGCCGCCUGGACGCUGCUUCUCGACGCCCUGCAGAAGGUGGAGGGCGUUGAGGGCGUGUCGCAUAUCAUCGACUCCAAGGUCAUGUCCAAGGAGGCCCUCUACGGAAAUCUUGACUCGACCACGCGUGAAUGGACCGACGGUCUGUUCACUAGCAUCCUGCGAAAGAUUGUCGACAACCUGCGUGGUGAGGACUCGAAGCGCCACUGGAUCGUAUUCGACGGGGAUGUCGACCCGGAGUGGGUUGAGAACUUGAACAGUGUGCUCGAUGACAACAAGCUCCUCACGCUUCCCAACGGAGAGCGUCUCAACCUGCCCGCGAACGUGCGCAUCAUGUUCGAGGUGGAGAACCUCAAAUACGCGACCCUCGCCACCGUGUCUCGCUGCGGUAUGGUUUGGUUCAGCGAGGAUACCGUCACUCCAAGCAUGAUGGUCGACAAUUACCUCGAGACCCUGAAGUCCGUUGCCUUUGAGGACCUUGACGAGGACGUCGUGGCCACGGGCCAGAGCGCCGAGAAGGCCCUUACCGUGCAGAGGCAUGCCGCGGACCUGCUCAAGGAGUACCUCACCACUGACAACUUCAUCCUCGAGGCACUGAAGGAGGCCGAGGGCUACAACCACAUCAUGGAGUUCACCAUCGCACGCGUUCUCAACACGCUCUUCUCCCUGCUCAACAAAGCUGUCCGCGAUAUGAUCGAGUACAACACCCAGCACAGCGACUUCGCCCUGGAGCCGGAGCAGGUUGAGUCCUACAUCUGCAAGAAGCUCCUUCUCGCCCUGGUGUGGGCUCUCACGGGCGACUGCCCCCUGAACGAUCGUAAGGUCUUUGGGGACCGCGUUUGCGGCCUUGCCACCUUUGGAUCACCGCCACUGGACGGCUCAAGCUCGCUGAUCGACUUUGACGUGUCGCUGCCCAAGGGCGACUGGACACCCUGGCAAAGCCAGGUACCUUCGAUCGAGGUCAACACGCACUCCAUCACGCAGACGGACGUUGUCAUCCCAACCCUCGACACGGUCAGGCACGAGGAUGUCUUGUACUCGUGGCUUGCAGAGCACAAGCCGCUGCUCCUUUGCGGCCCUCCUGGUUCCGGCAAGACCAUGACACUUUUCAGCGCCCUCAGGAAGCUGCCCAAUAUGGAGGUUGUUGGCCUCAACUUCUCGAGCGCGACCACACCCGACCUCCUUAUCAAGACGUUUGAGCAGUACUGCGAGUACAAGAAGACGCUUAACGGAGUCGUCCUCUCGCCCACCCAGAUCGGGCGUUGGCUCGUCGUCUUCUGCGACGAGAUCAACCUGCCCGCCCCCGACAAGUACGGGACGCAGCGCGCCAUCUCGUUCCUCCGCCAGCUGGUUGAGCACAACGGCUUCUGGAGGACCUCGGACAAGUCGUGGGUUACGCUGGACCGUAUUCAGUUCGUCGGAGCUUGCAACCCUCCGACCGACGCUGGCCGUACCCCCAUGGGCGCGCGUUUCCUACGCCACGCUCCACUUAUCAUGGUCGACUACCCUGGCGAGCUCUCGCUGCAGCAAAUUUACGGAACCUUCAACUCGGCCGUGCUCAAGAUCAUCCCCUCGCUCCGCGGAUACUCGGAGGCAAUCACACAAGCCAUGGUCAGGUUCUAUCUCGAGUCGCAGCAGCGCUUCACCCCCAAGAUCCAGCCCCACUAUGUCUACAGUCCUCGUGAGCUCACUAGGUGGGUGCGCGGCGUGUACGAGGCCAUCCGGCCGCUCGAGACGCUCUCCAUCGAAGGCCUCAUCCGCAUCUGGGCGCACGAAGCCCUGCGUCUCUUCCAGGACCGUCUUGUGGCCGAGGACGAACGCAAGUGGACCGAGGACGCCGUGCGGCGCAUCGCUCUCACCUACUUCCCAACCAUUGACGAGACCAACGCUCUUGGCGGGCCCAUCCUCUUCUCCAACUGGCUCUCGAAGAACUACGUCCCCGUCGACCGGGAGCAGCUCCGCGACUUCGUCAAGGCCAGACUCAAGACGUUCUGCGAGGAGGAGGUGGACGUUCCGCUCAUUCUCUUCAACGAUGUGCUCGAGCAUGUGCUCCGCAUCGACCGUGUGUUCCGCCAGCCCCAAGGCCAUCUGAUCCUGAUUGGAGUCAGCGGCAGUGGCAAGACCACGCUUUCCCGGUUCGUCGCCUGGAUGAACGGCCUGAAGGUGUUCCAGAUCAAAGUGCACGGCAAGUACUCGGGCGAGGACUUCGACGACGACCUCCGAGAAGUGCUCCGCCGCUGCGGCUGCAAGGGCGAGAAGCUUUGCUUCAUUAUGGACGAGUCCAACGUGCUCGACUCGGGGUUCCUCGAGAGGAUGAACACGCUGCUCGCCAACGCCGAGGUUCCCGGUCUCUUCGAAGGCGACGAUCUGGCCGCUCUCAUGACGCAAUGCAAGGAGGGUGCCCAGCGCCAGGGCCUGCUGCUGGACUCGCAGGAGGAGCUGUACAAGUGGUUCACGGCGCAAAUUGUCAAGAACCUCCACGUGGUCUUCACCAUGAACCCUCCCGAGGACGGCCUCGGCUCCAAGGCCGCCACCAGUCCCGCUCUUUUCAACCGUUGCGUGCUCAACUGGUUCGGUGAUUGGUCCGACCAGGCUCUGUUCCAGGUCGGCCACGAGCUGACCCAGUCGGUCGAUCUCGACCGGCCCAGCUUCCAGGCUCCGGACACGAUCCCCAUCGCCUACAGCGGCAUCAACCUACCCCCGUCUCACCGUGAGGCCGUCGUCAACUCGAUGGUGCACAUCCAUCACUCUCUGGCACGAUUCAACGCCAAGCUCCUCAAGCAGCAGAACAAGGUCACCUUCCUCACGCCGCGACACUACCUGGACUUUGUGGCCCAGUACGUCAAGCUCUAUAAUGAAAAGCGGGAGGACCUCGAGGAGCAGCAGCGCCAUCUCAACGUCGGUCUCGAGAAGCUCCGGGACACGGUGGACAAGGUGCGCGAUCUCCGCGUCAGCCUGGCUGAGAAGAAGACGCAGCUCGAGCGCAAAGACGCCGAGGCGAACGAGAAGCUGCAGCACAUGGUGGCCGACCAGCGCGAGGCGGAACAACGCAAGGCCGCGUCCCUCGAGUUGCAGAAGGCUCUCGAGGUGCAAGAGUCCGAGGUGGCCUCGCGAAAGAAGGUGGUGCUCGAGGACCUAGCCAAGGCGGAGCCAGCGGUCGAAGAAGCCAAGGCUAGCGUCAGCGCCAUCAAACGCCAGCACCUGACGGAGGUCCGGUCCAUGAGCUCUCCGCCCCAGGGUGUCAAGCUGGCCCUCGACUCAGUGUGCACGCUGAUCGGGCACAAGGUGACGGACUGGAAGAGCAUCCAGGCGGUGGUGAGACGAGACGACUUCAUCGCCAGCAUCGUCAACUUUGACAACGAGAGGCAGAUGACCAAGUCGCUGCGGUUGAAGAUGCGCAAUGAGUUCCUUGCCAACCCGGCCUUCACGUACGAAAAGGUCAACUUCUCGAGCAAGGCCUGCGGUUCCCUGGUGCAGUGGGUUGAGGCGCAGGUCAACUACGCCGAGAUCCUAGACCGUGUCGGCCCCCUGCGCGAGGAGGUGGCCCAGCUCGAGGACCAGGCUCUUCAGACGAGGGCGAACGCCAAGGCGGUCGAGGACAACAUCGCGAACCUGGAGAAGAGCAUUGCGACGUACAAGCUCGAGUACGCCGAGCUCGUGAGCGAGACGCAGGCCAUCAAGGGCGAGAUGACUGGGGUGCAGUCCAAGGUCGACCGCAGCGUCAAGCUCCUCGACAGCCUUUCGUCGGAGAGGGUUCGCUGGGAGGAGGGCAGCAAGUCUUUCGAAACGCAGAUCAGCACGCUCGUCGGCGACGUCCUGGUCGCCGCGGCCUUCCUGGCCUACAGCGGUCUCUACGACCAGAUGUUUCGCAAGUCAAUGAUGGAGGACUGGCUCCACCAGCUGCAGCUUUCGGGCAUCAGCAUCAAGCAGCACAACCCCGUGACCGAGUACCUGUCGACGGCCGACGAGCGGCUCGGAUGGCAGGCCAACUCGCUCCCCGUGGACGAUCUGUGCACGGAGAACGCCAUCAUCCUCAAGCGCUUCAACCGGUACCCGCUCAUCAUCGACCCAUCGGGUCGUGUUACCGAGUUCCUGCAGAAGGAGAGCAAGGAGCGGCGCCUAACCGUCACCAGCUUCCUGGACGACUCCUUCACCAAGCAGCUCGAGAGCUCACUCCGUUUCGGCAACCCCAUCCUCAUCCAGGACGCCGAGCACCUCGACCCCGUGCUCAACCACGUGCUCAACAAGGAGUACCAGAAGACGGGCGGGCGUGUGCUCAUCCAGCUCGGCAGGCAGGAGAUCGACUUCUCGCCCGCGUUCAAGCUCUACCUGUCGACGCGGGACCCGUCGGCCACGUUUGCGCCCGACAUUUGCAGUCGCACGACGUUUGUCAACUUCACGGUCACGCAGAGCAGUCUGCAGACGCAGUCGCUCAACGAGGUGCUCAAGUCGGAGCGGCCCGAUGUCGACGAGCGGCGGUCCAACCUCAUCAAGCUGCAGGGCGAGUUCAAGGUGCAUCUGCGCCAGCUCGAGAAGCGCCUCCUCCAGGCGCUCAACGAGUCCCGCGGCAACAUCCUCGAUGACGACAACGUCCUCAGGACGCUCGAGACGCUCAAGAAGGAGGCGGCUGAUAUCUCGGCCAAGAUGAGCAACACCGAGGGUGUCAUGGCCGAGGUGGAGGAGAUCACCAAGGGCUACGACAUCAUCGCGCGGUCCUGCAGUGCCGUCUUCGCCGUACUGGAGCAGCUCCAUUACCUGAACCACUUCUACCGACUCUCGCUGCAGUACUUCCUCGACAUCUUCCAUACGGUGCUGCGCGAGAACCCGCGUCUAGCGGCCGAGACGGACUAUGUCAAGCGCCGGGACGUCAUAGUCCAAGACCUCUUCGUGACGGCCUACCAGCGCACGGCGCUUGGCCUGCUGCAGAAGGACCGCAUCACGCUCGCCAUCCUCUUGGCCCAGGCCUCUCCCUACAGGAUGGACCGACGUCUCAUUGACAUGAUUCUCGACGAAAAGGUGCCGGGCGCAGACCUGUCUUCCAACAAGGAUGCCAGAGACCAGGUGUUCGCCAAGGCAUCGCGGCUGUCGGCGCUCAAGGACAAGCUGGAGAAGGUGCCGAGCGCCAGCUGGGACAAGUUCCUGACGGAGGAGCAGGCCGAGAACUUUGUGCCGCAGGUGUGGGAAGAGGACACGUGGAUGAACGACAAGGCGCUGCUCUCGCUGCUCAUGGUCAAGCUCUUCCGCAUGGACCGGUUCGUUCCGGCGGCGGAGCGGUUCGCGGUGCUCGUCUUCGGAGAGGGGCUGCUGGACGUGGUGGAGGACCUGGGGGCGACGGUGUCGCAGGUGCCGCCGACGCGGCCGGUGGCGCUGGUCUCGAGCCCCGGCUUCGACGCCAGCUACAAGGUGGACUCUCUGGUGGAGCGGCGCGGAGUGAGGUGCACCAACAUCGCCAUGGGCUCCAACGAAGGCCUCGCGAGCGCCGACAAGUCGCUCAGCAACGCGGCGCAGACGGGAUCGUGGGUCCUGGUCAAAAACGUGCACCUGGCGCCAACGUGGCUACAGAGCCUGGAGAAGCGCAUGGAGUCGCUCAACCCGCACCCCGACUUCCGCCUCUUCCUGUCGAUGGAGUCGAGUACCAAGAUUCCCGUCAACCUGCUGCGGGCGUCGCGUGUGCUCAUGUACGAGCAGCCGGCCGGCGUCCGGGCCAACAUGAAGGACUCGAUGUCGUCCCUCUCGGCCAGGCCGGCCAAGAGCCCCGUCGAGCGCACCAGGCUGUACCUGCUCCUGUCGUUUCUACACGCGGUGGUGCAGGAGCGGCUGCGGUACGCGCCGAGCCUGGGCUGGAAGGGCUUCUGGGAGUUCAACGACAGCGACUACGAGUGCUCGGCCUUCAUCAUCGACACGUGGAUCGACACGGCGUCCAACAAGCGAACCAACAUUGCGCCGCAGAACAUACCGUGGGACAUGAUCCGCUACCUCAUCACGGAGAUGUAUGGAGGCAAGAUCGACGACGAGGGCGACUACAAGAUGCUAAGGCAGCUGAUCCACAAGUUCCUCACGCCCGAGGCGUACGAGAUCAACCACAAGCUGGUGGAGGCGGCGGGGGCCGAGGAGUCGGGCGGCGACCUGGUGGUGCCGCAGGGCACGUCGAUGCAGGACUUCAUGUCGUGGAUCCAGGGCCUUCCCGAGCGCGAGCCGCCCACGUAUCUAGGCCUGCCGGCCAACGCGGAGAAGCUGCUGCUCGUCGGGCUUGGGCAGUCGCUGAUUCAGAACGUCAAGAAGGUGACGGACCUGCUCGACGAGGGCGAGCAGCUGACGGUGGAGAGCUAAGGUCGAGAGUCGAGGAGCCUGGGCUUUUAUGCCUACUCAUUUUUUUUAUGUUUAUCAGAUUUGUUCCGUACUUUUUUUUUUUAUAGUUCGCCUCUGUUGGGCCAUCCCCCGCCUGCUUUGAGAUGAUUGAGACAACUUUUAGACGGCUAUCGAGAGGAGAAUGGUGUAUCUAUCGUUCAUGUUAUGCCAUCCCAUUGUCUGAUACCCCUGCCAUUCACCCUCUCUAUUACCACAAUAUUAGGAUGCCUUUUUUCGAGAUUCUACGGACCAGACGAUAGACUACCGAGGCAUUCAGAGUGGUCAAAAUCAAGCGAAGAAAGCCUUCC